GGGCGCGUGCCCGCGGCUGGCCCGCGGCGUGUGCGCGGCCAUGAGCUCCUAGCCCGCGUGCGCCCUGCGCUCGGUCUGUGGAGGACCGCGACCCACCGACACCCACGAGCCCGGGCGAGUGACCGACAUCAGACACCCAUGUAAGGAAAUUGGACUGUGACAGUUCACCAUGGCUUAUGGCUUACCACGCAAGAACACAGUGAAAACCAUCCUGCGUGGCAGCUGUUACAGAGUACAGGAACCUUGGGAUCUUGCACUGCUUACACAUUCCUGGUUUAAUAACUUAGCCCAAGUCCAAUUGCCUUUCUUGGAAGAAAUUACAUAUGGUUGUUCUGUACACCUCACCAAAGCUAAAAACAUGAAGGACAGUAUGAUCCCUUCAACAGAAACUAUCAAACUUGAAAGGGAAUAUGAAAUGAAGCGCCUAAAUCAACUUAAAUGUCAAGAAAAAGCAAAUGAAGAAAUUGGGUUUGCCCUAAGGGAAGGGAAAGCUGGUUUGAGAAGACCUCUUCAGCCCAAGUGACAAUCACCUGCUCAUCGAGUCUGUGCUGUUUCCCGCACCCAAAGGGAAGGAAGGUGGCUGACUCCUUCAUGUGUCAAGUUCAGUGCCCACACAGGAAUGACCACUGACGGGUGAGCCAGUGCCUCUAGACGUGGGCUAGUGGCUAACGCUGACAUUUGUAUCACAAAUGACAGCACUGUCAUAGAUGGAAAGGCAUCUGGAGUUGAGUCAUUUAUGCUCUUAAUUUUGAUUUUUAUGAUACUUUACUAAGAGAAGAGGAGACUUUGUCAGAGCAUUAUUUUGAAGAAACAUUUUGAAUUUGCAUCUUUGAGAUCCCAUGGAGAUACCAAAAAGAAGAAUGACCCUGGAACAUGUGGAACACACAUACAUACAUGAAAGUACAAAGAAGGUCUUGUGAAGAAAAUUUAUCUGCACAGAGUAGUUGGAAAUUAACUAGAAAGAACAGAGAUUGGAUGUGCCAAUUUUCUAGAAUUUGAAUCCAAUAAAGCAUAACCUGUUAAUGUUACAUUUAAGCACAGUUUAAUGUUUUCUUGGAUGAUUUCACAGGCAUUUUAGCAUGUUUUCAUUUGAUAGCCUCCUAAUGGAAGGCAGUGUUUAACAAAUGCACCAGCUGGCAGUAUAGCUCAGUGGCAGAGCAUUUGCCAAGCAUGUGUGAGGCCUGGCAUUUGGUUACCAGUACCACAACAAUUAAUGGAAGGAAGUAACAAAGAAAGGAAGAGAGAAGAAAGAAGAAGA